AUGAGGAAAGAUUACCCACCUCCACCUGAGUAUCUUUACAGUCCUACAGAAGAAGAUGUCACUCCAGAUUCUAUUGUUUGGGCUGGAGGUAGUGUCAUCAUUUCGACCCAUGGGGAAAUUCUAACAGGACCGAAUUAUGAAGGAGAAGGCCUCUUCACAGCUGAUCUUGAUGUUCGUGGAGAGAUUCCUAAAGCAAAGUUCCAGUUCGAUGUGGUAGGACAUUAUUCGAGAGCUGAUGUGCUAAGCCUCACUGUGAACAAUCGUCCACCGCUUCCUGUUACUUUCACAUCCUCACCAUCUAAAAUCAAAGACAAUGAGGAGAUGGAUGAAUGCAAAGACAUAUAAAAGAUGGCCUAUUUAGGAGACUGUUAGCCUAGCUAAGGUCGUCCUUCAAUAAUUUGUAUGAUUUUCCAAUAAGUCCACAUGUGCGUAUGGAGACUGCACUUCAUUAUAAAUAAAUGCUUGGUUUGAGUGUAAAA